AGUGGCAUUAAAUUUUAUAGCAAAAAAACAUCUCUAGCUAGCUUCUCAACUGCUAUGAUGUGCUGCAUGCAAUUUGCUCUGUAUCUUCAUGGCUUGACUUCUCAUAGCUCUUAACACCAACCAAUUUAACAAAAGGGUACAAGAUAUAUCUGGAUUGAGUUAGCUUGCUGCUACAAAAAAUGGAGGCUAGUAAUGUUCUGCGAAAAAGUGGAAGAAGUUCCAGGGAAAAAAUGGGUAGUUUCAGGGGAAGUCUGAGGGCAACAAGUUCUUCAAUGUGGAGAGAUCAAGGAAUGGAUGUGUUUUCGAAGUCGAUACGAGAUGAGGAUGAUGAAGAGGCUCUGAAAUGGGCUUCUCUGGAGAAGCUUCCUACUUUUGAUAGGCUGAAGAAAGGGUUGCUUCUUGGAUCAGAAAGUGCUGGUGGUACUAUUGAUGAGGUUGAUAUCGAAAAUCUUGGAGUCAACCAGAGGAGGGCCUUGCUGGAGAGGCUUGUGAAGAUUGCUGAUGAAGAUAAUGAGAAGUUCUUGUUAAGGCUCAGAGAUCGGAUCGAUAGGGUUGGAGUUCAAUUGGCUACAAUUGAAGUCAAAUUCGAGAAUCUGCAUGUUGAGGCAGAAGCUUUUGUGGGUAGCAGAGCUUUGCCUUCUUUCUUCAACUUCAGUCUUAGUAUACUGGAGGGGCUGCUAAAUGCAUUCCAUAUACUACCAAAUAACAAGAAGCAGUACACCAUUCUGGAUGAUAUUAGUGGCAUCAUUAGGCCUUCCAGGAUGACAUUGCUUUUAGGUCCUCCGAGUUCUGGAAAGACUACACUGAUGCUUGCGUUGGCUGGAAAGCUAGAUGCCGGCCUUAAGUCUUCGGGGAGGAUCACAUAUAACGGCCAUGACAUGAAGGAGUUUGUUCCCCAAAGAACAUCGGCCUAUAUUAGCCAAAAUGAUCUCCACAUAGCAGAAAUGACUGUGAGGGAAACAUUGGCUUUCUCUGCAAGGGUCCAGGGGGUUGGAUCAAACUAUGAAAUGUUAGCUGAGCUUGCAAGAAGAGAGAAAGAUGCACAGAUCAAGCCUGAUCCUGAUCUCGACAUCUACAUGAAGGCAGCUGCAACAGCAGGUCAAGAGGCCAGUGUUGUCACAGAUUACGUGAUGAAGGUACUGGGACUUGAUGUCUGCGCGGACACUCUGGUUGGAAACCAGAUGCUUAGGGGGAUUUCUGGUGGACAAAAGAAGCGAGUUACAACAGGUGAGAUGUUGGUUGGACCAUCCAGAGCACUUUUUAUGGAUGAAAUAUCUACUGGUUUGGACAGUUCUACGACGUAUCAGAUUGUUAAGGCACUCAGGCACAGUGUGCACAUUCUGCAAGGAACCGCUUUCAUAUCACUUCUGCAGCCAGCUCCUGAGACUUUUGAGCUGUUCGACGACAUUUUUCUCCUAUCUGAUGGCCACAUAGUGUAUCAGGGACCCCGUGAACAUGUGGUUGAGUUUUUCGAGUCCAUGGGAUUUAAAUGUCCCCCAAGGAAAGGUGUUGCUGAUUUCUUGCAAGAAGUGACAUCAAAGAAAGAUCAGAGACAGUACUGGGUACACAGGAAUGAGCCUUACAGAUUUAUCACAGCUAGAGAAUUCUCCGAGGCAUUCCAGUCAUUCCACGUUGGACAACGACUUGGAACUGAUCUAGCAACAACAUUUGACAAAACCAAAAGCCAUCCAGCUGCUUUGACAACCGAUAAGUAUGGUGUCAACAAGACAGAACUCUUGAAAGCACUGACUGCAAGAGAACUUCUGCUAAUAAAGAGAAACUCAUUCAUCUACAUAUUUAAGAUUGUCCAACUUGUGAUUAUGUCCUCCAUAGUUAUGACAUUGUUCUUAAGAACCGAGUUGAACCAAGACACGACGACUGAAGGAGGGGUGUACAUGGGUGCUUUGUUCUUUUCUGUGCUUAUGCUAAUCUUUAAUGGUUUAUCAGAGCUUGCCAUGACAAUAGCAAAGCUUCCGGUCUUCUAUAAGCACCGAGACCUUCUCUUUUUUCCCACAUGGUCAUAUAUUCUCCCAACAUGGAUCGUCAAGAUACCUCUUUCUUUUGUUGAGGUUGCCAUUUGGGUAGGCCUCAAUUAUUUUGUCAUCGGAUAUGAUCCAAAUGCUGCAAGAUUUUUCAAGCAAUACCUGAUACUCAUACUAGUGAACCAAAUGGCAGGAGCAUUGUUUCGUAUGAUUGCUGGACUAGGCAGGAUAAUGACUCUCGCGAUGUCCUUUGGAGGAUUUGCAAUGCUUAUCCUUUUCACUUUGGGUGGCUUUGUCCUAGCUAGAGGGGAUGUGCCAGAUUGGUGGAUAUGGGGCUACUAUUGCUCCCCAAUCAUGUAUGGAAUGAAUGCCAUUACUGUGAAUGAAUUUCUCGGUCAUCAGUGGAGCAAAUUGAAUAAAAAUACAACUGAGACCGUAGGGGUUGCACUUCUGAAGUCGCGAGGUUUCUACCCAUAUUCAUACUGGUAUUGGAUAGGGGCAGGCGCAUUAGUUGGAUUCGUUUGCUUAUUCAACUACGGCUACAUGUUGGCACUUAUUUAUCUUGAUCCUCUGGGGAAGCCGCAGGCUAUUAUACCAAAGGACGGUGAUGCAACCGAGCUGGCAGAAUCGGCUGCUGAGGAUACUCAUGAGAAGAAGAAAGGAAUGGUUCUUCCUUUUGAGCCACAUUCCAUCACAUUUGAUGACAUCAAGUACUCUGUUGACAUGCCACAGGAAAUGAAAGAACAAGGUAUUACUGAGGAUAAGCUAUUGCUUCUGAAGGGUGUGAGUGGAGCUUUCAGGCCUGGCGUUCUUACUGCUCUAAUGGGCGUCAGUGGUGCUGGUAAAACAACUCUGAUGGAUGUGCUGGCUGGUCGAAAGACGGGUGGAUAUAUUGAGGGCAACAUUACUAUAUCAGGGUAUCCGAAGAAGCAGGAGACUUUUGCGAGGAUAGCAGGGUACUGUGAACAGAAUGACAUCCAUUCGCCUCAUGUUACUGUCUACGAGUCCUUGCUCUACUCAGCCUGGUUGCGCUUGCCUUCAGAAGUUGAUACUGAAAAACGAAAGAUGUUUGUGGAUGAAGUCAUGGAACUUGUUGAACUGGACAACCUAAAGGAUGCGCUGGUAGGUUUGCCAGGCGUAAAUGGCCUUUCAACUGAGCAGCGAAAGAGAUUAACCAUUGCUGUUGAAUUGGUUUCAAACCCCUCAAUUAUAUUCAUGGAUGAGCCUACUUCGGGGCUGGAUGCACGAGCUGCUGCAAUUGUGAUGAGAACAGUCAGAAACACUGUGGACACUGGAAGAACCGUGGUUUGCACUAUCCAUCAACCAAGCAUUGACAUUUUCGAAGCUUUUGAUGAGCUCUUCCUGAUGAAGCGAGGAGGAAUGGAAUUAUACGUCGGGCCAGUUGGUCGUGACUCUUGCGAGUUGAUCAAGUACUUUGAGGACAUCGACGGAGUAAGUAAAAUCCAAGACGGAUACAAUCCAGCCACCUGGAUGCUCGAAGUCACUGCAUCAUCUCAAGAAAUGAUCCUAGGGGUUGAUUUCACUGAAAUCUACCAGAAUUCAGAUUUGUACAGGUACAAAAUUUCACUUUUCCGCCUCUUCAAUAGUGCAAAAAACGCGAUACUAAUUUAUAAACUAUGCAGGAGAAACAAAGCCCUUAUCAAAGAACUUAGUUCACCACGCCCCGGUUCAUCAGACAUCAGCUUCCCUACUCAGUACUCGCAAUCUUUCUUCGUCCAAUGCUGGGCUUGUCUAUGGAAACAACGAUCCUCAUAUUGGCGAAACACGUCUUACACUGCAGUGAGAUUUAUUUUCACAAUUGCUAUAUCAUUAAUUUUCGGGACAAUGUUCUGGGACCUCGGUAACAAAAUAAAUUCUCGGCAAGAUCUUUUCAAUGCAAUGGGCUCAAUGUACUCUGCUUGCCUCUUCCUCGGGUACCAAAAUUCCUCCUCCGUGCAGCCAGUGGUGGCAGUAGAACGAACCGUGUUUUACAGAGAACGAGCUGCUGGAAUGUACUCCGCCUUGCCAUAUGCCUUUGCACAGGUCUUAGUAGAAAUUCCAUACGUCGUGAUUCAAGCCAUAGUAUACGGUCUCGUUGUCUAUUCCAUGACAGGCUUGGAAUGGACUGUCGAGAAAUUCUUUUGGUACGUGUUCUUCAUGUUCUUCACGUUCAUGUACUUCACCCUCUGCGGUAUGAUGACCGUGGCCUUGACCCCCAAUGUCGAAGUUGCUACCAUCAUUGCUGCUGCAUUUUACGGACUUUGGAAUCUCUUCUCAGGAUUCAUCAUCGCCCGACCUAGCAUGCCUGUCUGGUGGAGAUGGUUUUCAUGGAUAUGUCCACUGGCUUACACGUUGUACGGUCUGAUCGCGUCUCAAUUCGGGGACAUGAACGACACGUACCUGGAAGAUGCGGAGCAAAAUGUGCAGCAAUUCGUCGAGGAUUAUUUCGGGUUCGACAAGGAUUAUGUGUGGGCAAUCGGACUAGCCGUCGUCGGAUUUACGUUCACUUUCGGGUUCGUGUUCGCGUAUUCAAUCAGGUCGAUCAAUUUCCAGAGACGGUAGGAACGUUGCUGCAGCUUAGCUUUUCGAAAAGAUUUUUCAUCUCUCGCAAGAAGAACAGAGUUUGGUUUUUGUAUGUUGAAGAUCGUUGCAGGUUUUGUUUGAUUUUGUCAGUUGAUUCUGUAUAAAAUAUGACUAGUUAGCCAGCUACACUGUGUAAUCACUGUAUUAUAUUUUUUAAACACUUGAUAAUUAAUACUUAUGAUGUUAAUGUUAUUUAUUUGUACCAA